AUGCUGUUCGGAAUUACAGCUUUGCCUACAUCAGCGCCCAAUUUAUCUGUAAGGUCUCCACCUACCACCGUCGUUAGAUACUUCGAUAUUCCCCAUAGAGACUUUUACAACAACGUAAUGAAAGAAGGAACUGGCAAGCGAGGUAAUUCCAAACAAGACAUAACGCUGCUGGCUGCAUACAAAUCUCCUGAACAGAUUACUGUAACCAUAAUGUCUAAUGGUAGAUAUGGCAAUACUGUCUUCUGCCGCUAUUUCGACAAUGCACAAAACGAAUUACAUCCACCAUUUAAGACUGUUGUAUUCCCGGAGUACAGCGUUUUCUGCGUUCAACGAGAUGCAGCCACAUUCAUAUCGUUGUCAGACAAUUCUUCUGGGAUUUACACGUACCCGGUACCUAUAACGGAUCGCACUAAAGACGUACCAGAAUAUUUUUUCUCUGUCUGUCUUGCACCCUUGUACGGAAACGAACCAAAAUGGCUAUUGCUAUCAGAAUUCAUCGAGCAUUACAAGCUUCAGGGCGCAGUACACUUCUAUGUUUAUAUUAGAAGGAUCGAUGAGUAUAGCGCUAUCGUUCUGAACGAUUAUGUUCGUACAGGAGAUGUAGAAGUCGUUUUCCUCCACGAUAACUAUCAGAAAACCGAUGUCGAUUGGCAACACAUAGAAAUACAGGCACACGGAUUUAAUACAACAAGGAGAAUUAAGGAUUGCCUCACGCGUGCGAAAGGACAUUCUCAAUGGGUUGCCUUUGUAGAUUUAGAUGAACGCCUCACCCCCACCUAUUACAGUGGAACACUUGUGGAGUUUCUUAAGUUAGUAAUUUAGCA